AUGAGGGAGAUAAAUAACGCCUUCGAAUCCUUACGUAAGGUUCUCCCAGACGCUGUAGAAGUGCACGCUGCCUCUGCCACCAUCACCAAGAUAAUGACUCUCCGCCUCGCCGUCGAGUACAUUAGGGCGCUGUCAGAUGUUCUGGAAGAUGACAGCGAUCAGGAUUUUUCGUCUUUCGAGAAUUCCUUACACAACUCCAUCCACAACUCCUUGCAGAGCUGCCUCCAUCACUCCCUGUCGCCGAGCCUCCAGCAACACCCUCUGCAGAAAACAAUGCCACCAUCAGGGAACACCAUGACCUUCCAGUACGAGCACUCGGUGACCUCCUACACUCAGCAGGGCGCUCCUCAGCUUCCUCAGUUUGUGGGGCACUACACUCUCUCAGACCCCAUGUCGGUUUCCAGCUCCCCCUCCACCAUGCGAGGGUCAGUGAGCAGCACCAGUGACCUUGAGGAGUUGCUCUCUGACGACUCUGGUCUCCUGGAGGAUAACCUUGAUGUUUUCCAUGAUAUACCGAAUCUGGCUGCAUCUGACCCCUUCGACAUCCUCCUGGCAUCAGAGAAAGACACUCUGGCCUUCACCACCGGACUGUGUAAUUGA